CUAUCAAGGUAUCCUCUACUUAUUUCCUAUAGAUUGGGCUUAAGAGAAUUUUUAUUUGGGCUAAAACACAACUAAUACACUGUUCCUUUCGUUUUCUUCCUUACAAAAUAAACGACUACUCGAAAAAGAGGAUCUGAUCUCUGAGCAAAAUCUAAAACCCCAAUAAACCCUACCUCUGUACUGUGUAUUCCGCACCUGAGCUGAGAUGGCUUCCUUCGCCGCUAGAUCUGUCUUGCGCUCCGCCGCCAGAGUAUCUGUUGGCGUCAAGCCGAGGCCUUCUCCGUCUCCAUUUCGCCUCUCAUCCCAAAAUCCGCUCCCAGCUCGCAUUUUCAGAUGCGCUAGGUCACCCGUGGAGAUGAGCAGUGUUAGCGUGGCUUCGUUUCUGCCGUACCACACCGCGACUGCCUCAGCUCUGCUUACUUCGAUGCUAUCCGUCGCUCCGCGUACUCACGCUUGGACUAUCGAGGAUGGAUGAUUGUUACAAAGUGGGCAUGAUUGUUCUGUUGCUGUCAUUACACAUUAUAAUACCGCUCUCAGUGACAUUUUUUAGCUUUUGUCCAAUUGUAGUCUUAAUGUUGAGCUGUUGUUUAUAGCUCUGUUUUUUUUUGUUUUUUUGUUUUUUUGUUUUUUUAUUUUAUCGUAGAUUCUUCCAUUUGGAUACUCAAAUUACCUUCUGAUGUUUGGCAAUCAGGAAUGUGUAAUUGCUGAAGUUCUUUUCUUGAAGUUUAUAGAACUGUCUGUACUUAUUUUAAGCUCAUUUUGUUUGGGAAAUAGUUGGUAUAAGAUUUGUAACAAUACGAUAAUACUUAUGUUUCUUUGCCCAACAAUUAGAGGUCGACA